AGGGCAUAUUGGUGUAAGAUAUUAUCGAGUCCAGCUUUUUGGUAAAGAACUGACUAGUAUGAUAUACACUGGAGGAAAAUAUGGUGGGCAUAUGGGAGUAGGAGCCGUAAGAUCGCUUGACGUAGUAAUUGAAAGUAUACAUUUACCUUGUUUAGCUUUGGCAUAA